AUGAGCUUCGGGGGCCUCUUCGACGGCGGCGGCGGAGGCGGCGGCAUGCAGUUCCCUUACGCCGGCGCCUUCUCGUCCUCGCCCGCGCUCUCCCUCGGGCUGGACAACGCCGGCGGCCGAGACGGCGGCAUAGGCGGGCGGAUGUUUGCUGACGGCGCGGGCGGCGCGAUGGCCAGGGACGCGGAGGCGCAGAACGACAGCCGGUCGGGGAGCGACCACCUGGACGCCAUCUCCGGCGUCGGCGACGACGACGACGACGCCGAGCCCAGCGGCAGCAACCCCCGCAAGCGCAAGAAGCGCUACCACCGCCACACGCCGCAGCAGAUCCAGGAGCUCGAAGCGCUGUUCAAGGAGUGCCCCCACCCGGACGAGAAGCAGCGCGCCGAGCUCAGCAAGAGGCUCUCCCUGGACGCGCGGCAGGUCAAGUUCUGGUUCCAGAACCGCCGCACGCAGAUGAAGACGCAACUGGAGCGGCACGAGAACGCGCUGCUGAAGCAGGAGAACGAGAAGCUGCGCACGGAGAACCUGACCAUCAGGGAGGCCAUGCGCACCCCAAUGUGCGGCGGCUGCGGCAGUCCGGCCAUGCUUGGGGAGGUCUCCCUGGAGGAGCAGCACCUGCGCAUCGAGAAUGCACGGCUCAAGGACGAACUCAACCGUGUCUGCACCCUCGCCACCAAGUUCCUCGGCAAACCCGUGUCCCUUCUGUCACCACUCCAGCUGCAGCCACACCUGUCGAUGCCCCUGCCGAACUCCUCACUGGAGCUAGCAGUCGGGGGAAUCGGUGGCAUAGGGUCUAUGCAGCCUUCGAUGCACGGUAUGAUGAGUGAGUAUGCCGGGGGUGCCUCGAGCUCCAUGGGCACCGUCAUCACACCAGCACGGGCCACCGGGUCUGCUUUAGCAUCGACGGUGGACAUUGACAGGUCUGUGUUCUUGGAGCUUGCAAUCAGCGCAAUGGAUGAACUUGUCAAGAUGGCACAGACCGAUGAUCCUUUGUGGGUUACGGGAUUGCCUGGUUUUCCGGACAAGGAGUCACUCAACUUUGAGGAGUAUCUCCACUCCUCCCAGCAUUGCAUUGGCAUGAAGCCUGUUGGAUUUGUGUCUGAGGCCUCUAGGGAGUCCGGCCUGGUCAUCAUCGACAAUAGUGUUGCCCUUGUAGAGACCCUAAUGGACGAGAGGCGGUGGUCCGACAUGUUCUCGUGCAUGAUUGCUAAGGCCACAAUCCUUGAGGAGGUGUCUAACGGCAUUGGUGGAAGCAGAAAUGGAGCGUUGCUGCUAAUGAAGGCUGAGCUACAGGUGCUCUCACCUCUGGUCCCCAUAAGGGAGGUCAUUUUUCUCAGGUUUUGCAAGCAGCUGGCUGAGGGUGCCUGGGCAGUGGUGGAUGUGUCCAUUGAUGGGCUGUUGAGCAAUCAAAAUUCUGCUACGACAUCCGCAGGUGCAAACUUGAAGUGCAGGAGGCUACCUUCCGGCUGUGUGAUGCAAGACACUCCCAAUGGCUACUGCAAGGUCACAUGGGUUGAGCAUACUGAAUACGAUGAGGCAUCUGUCCAUCAGUUCUACCGACCACUUCUCCGAUCUGGUCUUGCCUUUGGCGCCAGCCGUUGGCUCGCCACUCUGCAGCGCAAGUGUGAAUGCCUGGCCAUCCUCAUGUCCUCUGCUACAGUGUCACCUAAUGAACCAACAGCUAUAUCGCAAGAGGGUAAGCGUAGCAUGCUGAAGCUUGCACGCAGGAUGACGGAGAACUUCUGUGCGGGGGUGAGCGCAUCAUCCGCGCGUGAAUGGAGCAAGCUGGAUGGUGCAACAGGUAGCAUCGGUGAGGAUGUGCGUGUCAUGGCACGAAAGAGCGUGAGCGAGCCUGGGGAGCCACCAGGGGUGGUGCUGAGUGCCGCCACUUCUGUAUGGGUGCCUAUUGCCCCUGAGAAGUUGUUCGACUUUCUGCGUGAUGAACAGCUGCGUGCCGAGUGGGACAUCCUCAGUAAUGGAGGGCCCAUGCAGGAGAUGGCUCGAAUUGCAAAGGGGCAUCAGAAUGGAAAUUCGGUAUCCCUUCUCAGAGCCAGUGCCAUGAGUGCCAACCAGAGCAGCAUGCUGAUCCUUCAGGAAACGUGCACUGAUGCAUCUGGGUCGAUUGUUGUAUACGCUCCUGUGGACAUCCCGGCGAUGCAGCUCGUCAUGAACGGCGGGGACUCCACCUAUGUUGCUCUGCUGCCAUCUGGAUUUGCCAUUCUGCCCGAUGGUCCUAGCAUCGGCAGCGAGCACAAGACCGGCGGCUCUCUGCUGACCGUGGCAUUCCAGAUUCUUGUGAACAGCCAGCCCACCGCCAAGCUCACCGUGGAAUCCGUCGAGACCGUGAACAAUCUUAUCUCCUGCACUAUCAAGAAGAUCAAGACGGCGCUGCAAUGUGCAACGCCUGAGUGUUAG